AUGGCGGAAAUCUUUGGGGAUUUAUUAAAAUAGAAAAGAGAUAAUUUUAGAGUUGAAUUAAGAAGAAAGGCAACUGAAGAACUCUUUAAACAAAAAAGAAGAAUAUAUACUAAUAAUGUACAAACAUAAUUGACAGAUGAGAAAAUUCAUAUUUGGUAUAUGAAUUUAGUGAACUAAAAUUAUGAAGAGACUUUAGAUGAAAUAAGAUAAUAUUUAUCAAAUUCAACUGUUGAAGUAUUAGGAGUUAUCUAAUAAAUUAGUUUAAUUUAACAUUAAUUAAUAAACAUGAAGUAUAUUCAUUAUUAAUAAAUAUAUGGAAUAAACAAGAAUUAGAUUAUCAUAUUAUUUAAUAAUUACUUUAUAUAUUUGCAAAUUUACAUUCCUAUAAUGUAUUUGAUGAUUUGAAAUUUUUGUAAAAUGAAUAAAUAAUGAGAAAAUUGUUUAAUUUAUUGUAAAUGACUUCUUAUAAACAAAUUCAAUCUCAAAUAUUCUUUUUAUUAGCAAAUCUAGUUGGUAUGGAUAAUGGAUUAAAAGCUAGAUAAUUAGCAGAUUAUGGAUUUUGUACACUUAUUAAAAAAUUAUGGAUUAAUAAUCUAAUUUACUUCGAAGUAUUAUAUUAUUAUUAUUUAAUUUUGAGAUUGAAAAUAUUAAGGAUUUUUGUUGGUUUUUAAGCAACUUUUUUUCUUAUGAUUCAAACAAUGUGGCUAGUUUUACAUUAAAUGAAGUAUAUUAUCUUUAAUUUAUUAAGGUUAAAGAAGUUUUACCAAUUGUAUUAGAAUGUAUAAAAUAAAAUGAAAAGGAAAUAAGAUUAUAUUCUUUAAUAACUCUGAAGAAUAUGUGUUUAGCUAAAGAAGAAAUAUUUACAAUAUUAUUAAAUAAACUCAAAAUAUUUAAUGAUUUAAUUGAUAUGUAGAGGACAAAUAAUGAUGAAGAGAUUUAAUUAAAAACACUUGAAAUUAUAGCAUCUUUUGCUUUGGCAGAUGAUUAAAUAACUACAUAAUUAGUGAAUGAAUUCAAAAUCUUAGACUUCUUUUUAUAAAUAUAUAUCUAACCAGGUAGAAGCAAAUAGAAAGAAUUCAAAAAAAUAAUAUUAUGGGGAUUAAAUAAUUUAUGUUGUAAUGAAGAUUUUACUGUAUUAUAAACAAUAAUUAAACAUGAUUUAAUUAAAUUUAUGUAAAAAGAUGAAAAUGAAACAGAAAUUAUCAAAGAUAUUUUAGAAGUUAUUAGAAGUCUUUCUUAAUUAAAAAACACAGAUUUAUUAAAAUAUGUUUUAAUGAGUAGAAAUGUUGUGGAUAUAGUAAUGAAUUAGUUGAAACUCAAAAUAUCAAAAACUAUUGUUUUGAUGUGUUUAAACAUAAUAAAUAACUUUGCAUAUCAAAUUGGGAAGCAUUCAUAAAGCGAUAUAAAUAUGGCAAUAGAAAUGUUUAUUUCUAAAGGCUUUGAUAAAAUACUUAAUUAAUUAGAAUUUGAUCCUGAUAAUGAUAUCAAUCUUUAGGCACAAAGAUUAACUGAGACUUUCCUAUAAUGA